AUCUCUAAUCGACUAUCGAUUCAGUUGAUUAUUUGUGAUUUGUGAACAGUGCCAUAAUAUUUGAGAAAUGAUCAGUUACCAUUUGUUAAAAGGUAUUUUUCUGCUGAGCAUUGUCUGCAGUUGCAGUUGUGACAAUUUUCCCACAACAAUUCAAAAGUGCAAAAAUGAGGAUAAGAAAUGUCUGGCUACAGUUAUGAAUGAGAUCAUUAAACGAGCUGCCAGUACAGGAGUACCGGAAUUUGGAAUUAAACCUUUAAAUCCGUAUCCUCUUCCAAAGGUAAAUAUUGAACGUGGACAGGGAGCUGUGGUGCUCAAAAUCUUAUUAAAAGAUACGUCGCUCAUCGGCAUCGGAUGCUAUGAAAUCGACAACGUUAACGGUUUCGAUCGAAAUCCAAGAGACUCCGUUUUCGAGUUAUCUGGACGAUGCGAUACAAUAACGAUCACUGGACCAUACAAAAUGUCCGGUAGAUUUCUACUACUUCCAGUUUCAGGACAAGGAAUGUCGAACAUAACAUUCAAUAAAGUGUCCUUUACGAUGAAAUGGCAGACGGAGGUUCAAACACGAAACGGUGCAGACCAUUUGAAAAUAAAUAGCGUCGACUAUAAUUCGACAAUCAAAGGGCUUCGCAUGAACAUGGACAACUUGUUCAACAAUAAAGUUCUCAGCGACAAUAUGAAUGCCAUUUUCAACGAAAACUAUGAAUUAAUAUUCAAGGAAGUGCAACAACCAGUGGAAGAGUCAUUUGAGCGGAUUUUACGCGACAUAAUUCAACCAGUCUUUGAUAGAUUUCCAUACAAUGAAUUAUUCGCUGAAUAAUCUGUCAGCAUUCUUGUUAUAGCAUGUAUUAAUUGCAACAAUUUAAAUAAGAGUACGACACACAACUAUUCCACAGAAAUGGCAAUAAAAAUUGAUUACAAAUUUAUU